AAGGCGGAACAGAAAACGCUUAGUUCCGGACGCGGCGGCAGCCGCCGCCAUCUGUCACCUCAACUCCGGCUCCGGCUCCGGCUCCGGCCCGAGCCCCCAGUCGCCCCUGCCCGGCCUCCUAUCUCCUCGGCGGAGGCUGCUUCCCGGUCCCGUCAUCUCUCUGCUCUGUUCUCGUCACUGGCUUCUUUCCCCACAUGGAUCUGGUCGGAGUGUCAUCCCCUGAACCAGGGCCGGCAGCGGCCUGGGGAUCCAGCAAGUGUCCAUGGGCUACCCCUCAAAAUACAAUAUCUUGUUCUUUGGCUGAUGUAAUGAGUGAACAGUUGGCUAAAGAGUUGCAGUUAGAAGAAGAAGCCUCCACUUUUCCUAAAGUUGCUGUUGCUGAAGGACCAUUUAUUACUGGAGAAAACACUGAUACUUCCAGCGACCUAAUGCUGGCUCAGAUGCUACAGAUGGAAUUUGACAGAGAAUAUGAUGCACAGCUUAGGCGUGAAGAAAAAAAAUUCAAUGGAGAUAGCAAAGUUUCAAUUUCCUUUGAAAAUUAUCGAAAAGUACAUCCUUAUGAAGACAGUGAUAGCUCUGAAGAUGAGGUUGAUUGGCAGGAUACUCGCGAUGAUCCCUAUAGACCAGCAAAACCAGUUCCUACUCCCAAAAAGGGUUUUACUGGAAAAGGAAAAGACAUCACCACCAAACAUGAUGAAGUAGUGUGUGGGAGAAAGAAUACAGCCAGAAUGGAAAAUUUUGCACCUGGGUUUCAGGUAGGAGAUGGAAUUGGAAUGGAUUUAAAACUGUCAAACCAUGUUUUCAAUGCUUUAAAACAACAUGCCUACUCAGAAGAACGUCGAAGUGCCCGCCUCCAUGAGAAAAAGGAACAUUCUACUGCAGAAAAAGCAGUUGAUCCUAAAACACGUUUACUUAUGUAUAAAAUGGUCAACUCUGGGAUGUUGGAGACAAUCACUGGCUGCAUUAGUACAGGGAAGGAAUCUGUUGUCUUUCAUGCAUAUGGAGGGAGCAUGGAAGAUGAAAAGGAAUGUAGUAAACUUAUACCUACAGAAUGUGCCAUCAAGGUGUUUAAAACAACCCUUAAUGAGUUUAAGAAUCGUGACAAAUAUAUUAAAGAUGACUUCAGGUUUAAAGAUCGCUUCAGUAAACUAAAUCCACGCAAGAUCAUCCGAAUGUGGGCAGAAAAAGAAAUGCACAAUCUCACAAGAAUGCAGAAAGCUGGGAUUCCUUGUCCAGAAGUUGUGCUACUCAAGAAACACAUUUUAGUUAUGUCUUUUAUUGGCCAUGAUCAAGUUCCAGCCCCCAAACUGAAAGAAGUAAAGCUCAGUAGUGAAGAAAUGAAAGAAGCCUACUAUCAAACCCUUCGUUUGAUGCAGCAGUUAUAUAAUGAGUGCACACUCGUACAUGCCGACCUCAGUGAAUACAACAUGCUGUGGCAUGCUGGGAAGGUUUGGUUGAUCGAUGUCAGUCAGUCUGUAGAACCUACCCAUCCACAUGGCCUGGAGUUCUUGUUCCGUGACUGUAGGAAUGUCUCACAGUUUUUCCAGAAAGGGGGAGUAAAGGAAGCCCUUAGUGAACGAGAACUCUUCAAUGCUGUUUCAGGUUUAAAUAUCUCAGCAGAUAAUGAAGCCGAUUUCUUAGCUGAGAUAGAAGCUUUGGAGAAAAUGAAUGAAGAUCAUGUUCAGAAGAAUGGAAGGAAAGCGGCUUCAUUUCUGAAAGACGAUGGAGGUCCGUCAGUCCCACAUGAUGAAUAGCAGUACCAGCAUCCACUGCUUCCAGUGUUAGCACAGCGGUGAUCUCUGGCUACCAAUGCCAAAUGCAGUUACGGGUGCCUGGAAAAUACCAAAACGUGAGGAGGCGUGUACAAUGGUGCUCUGUGCUUUUUUCCCCUUGUAACCCAUAUGCCAGAGUGUGGAAUUUUUAGCUCGGCAUCAAGAGAAUAAAAUGUCACUACCUCUCA